CAAUAACUUAUUGUUAUACAGUUUACCUCGAACCGUUUACUUUAUGUGUCGUUUUGUGUUGGAUAAUACUUAAAAUAUAGACAAUCCAUUGGCCCAUGAUGUCGCGACUGGCGGGCUGGUGGCGCCACUCGCUAAGCCGGCGGCCAGUCAUCACCAAUACCAUCACUUACGCUACCUUCUACACGGCUGCGGAGCUCUCGCAGCAAACCUUCAAUAAGAUAUACUCGCCAGAAAAGCCACCGCUGGAUUUUUCGGCUGCGGCCCGGAUUGUUACAGUCGGCAGUUGUUUAUACGCACCCACGCUUUACUUUUGGUAUAAAUUCCUGGAUAAAAAAUUCGUAGGUACAGCAGUAAAGAUGGUGGCCACUAAAGUGAUGACUGACCAGUUUGUUAUGACACCAGUACUUCUCGCCGCAUUUUAUAUCUUGAUGGGUAUAGCGGAACGUAAAGAGGAUAUCUUUGAAGAGAUAAGAGUCAAGUAUUGGAAGACGUUUAUCGCCAACCAAGCCUUCUGGAUCCCCGGGCAGACAAUCAACUUCUUCUUUGUACCUUCACAUUUGCGUGUCGUGUAUGUAGCCUCGGCUUCUUUCAUUUGGAUCAAUGUUUUAUGCUUCAUUAAACGACAGAAGACCGAAAAGACUGCGUGAGGAGAAACCAGCUAGUGCUACCAAACUUAUGUUUGAUUAGUUAUAACUGUUUAAGCAAACGUUAUUUGUAUAUCAUACGAUGGAUCACAAUCUGACAUCACGGCAGAUUACACAAAUCAAAUAGACUGCGAUUGAAUUUUGGAGUUAUGGAAUAUGUGUUAUAUGUAGACAUUUGUUUGUUAUAAAAUCGUAUCAACGGUUGUAAGAAUUAAAUUAUUAUUUAAGAAAUAUAGUGAUGAAAAUAA